UCCGGAACAAACCGGCUUACGGAAGUGACGUUGUGCUAGUAACUCUGGUGCAGAGCUGGUUUGAGUCUCUUACUUUCGGCUGUUCUCCUGAAUACAUCAGGUCUUUCCUCACCAUGUCCGCCAGGAACCCCGGGACCAAACUCGACCUGCAAUGGGUCUACAAGGUGAGGGUGAACACUCAGGCCGUCUUGAAGAGAGCUCAACAAGUCCAUGGCCUGAAGACACCCAAGAAACAGUGGCAGGCGGCGUGGCUGCUGAAGGCCGUGACCUGCAUCGACCUGACGACUCUGGCCGGAGACGACACUCCGUCUAACGUGCACCGUCUGUGUCUGAAAGCUGUUCAACCAAUCAGAUACGACCUGCUGAAGAGCAUGGACAUGCAUGAAAAAGGUAUAACCACAGCAGCAGUGUGUGUGUAUCCUGCACGUGUUGCUGACGCUAGUAAAUCUCUGAAAGCUGCUAACUCUAGUUUACCUGUUGCCUCAGUGGCGACAGGUUUCCCUGCAGGUCGCGCCAUUGAGACCCGCCUUCAGGAAGUGCGCCUGGCGGUGUCCGACGGAGCGACGGAGAUUGACAUCGUCAUCAACCGAACGCUCGCCAUCACUGGACAGUGGGAAGCUCUGUAUCAUGAGAUCUGUCAAUUCAGGUCUGCGUGUGGAGACGCUCACAUGAAGACCAUCCUGGCGAUCGGGGAGCUGGGCUCCUUCAGCGUGGUCUACAGAGCAAGCCUGGUGGCCAUGAUGGCCGGUUCAGACUUUAUAAAAACAUCAACAGGAAAAGAAACUGUUAACGCCAACUACCCCGUCGCCAUAGUGAUGGUGAGGGCCAUCAGAGACUACUACCUGUCUACAGGACACAAGGUGGGUUUUAAACCUGCAGGGGGGAUCAAAACAGCUCAGGAGUCUCUGCUGUGGCUCGCUCUGAUCAAAGAGGAACUGGGAGACGACUGGCUCCGCCCACACCUGUUCCGCCUCGGAGCCAGCAGCCUGUUGGCCGACAUUGAGAGACAGAUCUACCAUCAUGUGACUGGACAGUACGCAGCCUAUCACGAGCUGCCCAUGGCCUGAUCAUGUGCCCUCCUGUUUGACGACAUCAAAUUGAUUACACGCACACACACGCACACACACACACACACACACACACACACACACACACACACACACACACACACACACACAGACUACAGGUUCAGACCAAGAAGUUACACACCUGUGAGAACACACUCCUUUUCAGUGUGUAUUAUUAAAAACAUACGUGUGUGUGUGUGUGUGUGUGUAUGAGAAACUUUUUCAUGUGAACAAAGAAAAACAUGAAACUCGGACUAAGAAAAGAAUAAAGAGAGUGAUUAAAUAA